AUGGCUACCCACGACAAAGGACGCAGAAAGUGGAUUGAUAAUUCUCAAGACAAUUUUGACAAAAAUAAAUUAAUGGGAGGACGCAGAGGCUUGAACCGCGGUCCUCAGCAAAUAUACACUCCAGGCAGCGGUCCGCUUAAAAAAUCAGACCGUCAGGAUGAGUUUGAUUAUGAUGCGAGUCUUCAUAAGUCCUCGGUUCAAGAUCGGCUUAAAAGGCCUUUUAAUAAUAUUAGUUUGAACAAUCCUUCGGAGCAUUCUAACAACUCAGUUAAUAUGUUGGCUGAUAAAUUCAAUGACGUACAUGUUAAUCGCCGGCCUGUCAACGACCACCAUCAUGGCAAAUCUAAUAACAAUCACAUGGAUGCUGAUAGACGGAAAAAUAAAAAACCUGAGCAGCAGUUGUAUGUACCGAAAAAAAUUUAUGAAUCCAUUUCUGAACAGGAUAAUAGUCACCGAACGGACUCCCGAAACCGAUCACGACAAAGCAUCCCCUCAGAAAAAUCCUCCCGCGACAAAGACUUGAAGCGUUUUUCACGCAAGCCCCGUGAGAACGACAAAGAGAGCUGGCGACCUGAGUCUCCAGUGAACAAAAGCUUCAACCGGCCUCGGGACCAGCGCCGAAGACCCGAGGACGACUACACAUACCGCCGAGACACCCGAAGCGAGCUUGACAAGUACCCCCGGAAGCCUCCAACGGGUCGCCGGAUUCCCAAGAUGAACGCUAUAAAAAUCGAGUCCUUGCCUCCCAGACUGCAGCGUAAAUACUUUGAGGAGAACGGAAUUGAGCCUCCGAUCAAUCACAACGACGAGCCCUGGGAUUCUGGUAAUUACAAUAAUUAUUACUCCCACCCAAUGCCUUCUCAGAUGAUCAACAUGCCUCCAGUUCCCAAUUUUUCUCAUCAAAAUUCCGGUUCCGGGAACCUGAACUCCGGUUCCGGGAACUUGAACCCCGGUUCCGGGAACCACAACCCCGGAUACUCGAACCACAAUCAGUGGAACACCUUACCAACACGAAGUCGCGGACGAGGAAGAUUCAGACCAGAGGAACUUGAUCUUCCUUCUCACCGACCUGGAACUCCAGACCAAUAUUCCGCUCCAAGCACCAGAUCUCACACUCCAAGCCAGGAGAUGACUCGUUCCUACGACCGACGAGGCAGCAACAGCACCAUGUACACCAGCAUGGAAAGUCUGAGCCGAGCUGACAAUAUUCUGAUGCCUCCUCCAGUUUCUCCAGCAACUUACUCCAGGAACCAGCAGUACCGGAACAAUACCAACAAUGCCGAAAUUGAGCGCAAUUACCAGGCUAAGAGCCCUGAAGCACCAGCUGACAUCUUGGACUGGAGCGAGGAAGUGGAACUGUCUGAAAAAUUAGAAAACGAACGGUUAAGCCGCAGUUCCUCGGUGGUCAGCAUCAGCGAAGGUUCCGGGAACCAAGCCAAGCGGAACCGUUCCAGGAAGAAGAGACGCGAGCGAAAGCGCACUGAGUCUGAAGAACUUCAGUUCCUGGAACAGGAACAGAGGAACCGACGGAACAUCUGCGAGUCUGGGGAACAGUUCCUGGAACAGGGGAACCGACAGAACAGCCGUGAGUUCGCGGAACAGUUCCUGGAACAAGAUCAAAGAAAUCGACAGAACAGCCGCGAGUUCGGGGAACAGUUCCGGGAACCGUUCCUGGAACAAGAGCAAAGGAACCGACAGAACAGCCGCGAGAGGAAGAACAAUCAGUACAAUCGUGAGAACAGCAAUAAUUAUAAUAAUAGGUUCGAGCGCAGGAGGAGCCGCGAGUCCAGCAGAGAGGCUUAUAGGAACGAGGAGAACUGGAGAACCGGAAAGCGAAUCUCUAUGUGCGAGUCAGAAGACGGCAAGAACGCGGAACUGUCUGUGGAACUGAGGAACAAUGUUCAGCAACCGGGAGUUCUGGUUCUUCCCGCUCCCAACGUGGAGGCGCCACAGUCGCCGCCGUACAAAGACAGAUUCAACCGCAAGACACUGUUCGACCCGAACAACCCGAACAAACCUAUCGUAGUUCCCUCUCCUGGAACCAGAGCCGCGCUGGUUCCUGAAGUGGCGCCAUCUAAGGGCAGAGCGCCGUCGCAGUUCCAGCAGAGCUUGCAGCUAGAUGGCGUUGCGCCGCAGUACCUUGCGGAACAGAUGAACAACUCCAGACCUAUUUGGUACGAUUCUUGUCCGGAUAAUUUAAAGAAUGCGGUUCUGUUAAGGGGAAUUGAAGCUGUGGACAGGGAACUUGAUUGGUUGCUCACUACUGGAGGCUUGACUGCUAAUUGGGACCGAGUUGCGUUCCUAAGACAGUCUUUGCAGCAGAGUUUGCAGACUUUGUUGGAGACUGAUAUUAAAUUUUGCCAAGCGGAAAAUGUUGAGCAGCAUUUCUGGAAGAUUUUGUUUUAUAAUAUCAUUGAGAUGCUCAGGAAGAUCAUGCCCAAAGAAGCUGGGGAGAGGAGAGAUGUUUGCAAGAAAAUUAUGCUCAAGAUUAUUGAUGAUGGAACGGUUUAUUUUGAGAAUUUGUUGACUGUUCUGGAGAAUACUUAUAGGUUUAAAUUAGAGGUGUUUUUGUCUUCAUCCUCGCCACCGAAAGGUCUUGGGUUUGUUGGGUUGGCGCUGAUUAGUGCGCAGAAGAUUUUUCUGUUUCUUGGAGACCUGGCUAGGUACAAGGAACAGGCCAAUGAGACUACUAAUUAUGGAAAAUCAAGACAGUGGUACCUCAAAGCUCAGCAAAUUAAUCCUAAAAAUGGUCGGCCGUAUAAUCAAUUAGCGCUUUUGGCUUAUUAUGCUUACGAGUCAACGGAGCGGAAACGCAAGGAAGAACGUGAGUGGAAGGAACGUGCCAGGAUGAAGGAAAAAGAGGGUGCUAAUAAUAUCGCCGGUGGAUUAAGACGCGAAACUUGGGUGCACCCCGGCGGAAGGAGGAUGAGACGUACAACAUCUGCGGCCACUGCCUGUGAAAAUAAAUUACCUCUUAGUGAUAUAGAAGAUCUGGCCCAGCUCAGUAGUGUUGAGGUAAACAAAAGAUUUGUGACGUCGUACCUGCACGUUCACGGGAAAUUAAUAACAAAAAUAGGAAUGGAGACUUUUCAAGAAGCUGGUGUGCAAAUGUUGCGCGAAUUUCGAGCUCUGUUGCAGCAUUCGCCUCUUCCACUUCCUGGGACUCGGCUACUUCAACUUCUUGCUCUCAACAUGUUUGCCAUCGAGACGACACAGCUUAAGGCCAGUGGAAUUGAAAACGGUAAACCACAAAUAUGCGUAGCUGAUGCAUUAGAAAAGUUAUAA